CGGCAGUGCAGACCUCUCUCCUGCUCCUGCCAGAGGCCUGGCCAGGGACGUGUGCUCCUGAGGCUUCUUUGGAGUCUCAUCCGGAGACAAGAGAAGACCCUUCCAUAGAAACUCCUUUAGGGGUUUUUGAUGCAUUAAAAGGGUUUUUUCUUUUUGGGGGGGGGCGGAGAUAAGCAGUAAUUGCAGAGACUUGCCGUCCCCAUUAGGAGGGGUCUUUCAUGCCGGGAGGCUGCAUCCCUUUUCUUCGAAGCAUGGAGCGCCCUAUCCUUGGGCCAGCCCCGCCUCCUGUAGGCAGGCAGACUAUGUGGAUCCUAGUGAGCUGGGUGGCCUUAGUGGCAGGGCUGGCAGCCGGAUCACAAUGCCCAGAUGGUCAGUUCUGUCCUGUGGCCUGCUGCCUGGACCCAGGAGGAGUCAGCUACAGCUGCUGUAACCCCAUUCUGGACAAAUGGCCCACAACACUGAGCCAGCGUCUGAGCAGCCCCUGCCAGACCCAUGCCCACUGCUCUGCUGGCCACUCCUGCCUGCUCACUGUCUCAGGGACUUCCAGUUGCUGCCCCUUCCCAGAGGCCGUGUCAUGUGGGGAUGGCCUCCACUGCUGUCCCCGAGGCUUCCACUGUAGUGCUGAUGGGCAAUCCUGCUUUCAAAGAUCAGAUGACAACCUGUUGGGUGCCGUCCAGUGCCCUGGUAGCCAGUUUGAAUGCCCCGACUCGUCCACAUGCUGCAUCAUGCUUGAUGGCUCCUGGGGGUGCUGCCCCAUGCCCCAGGCCUCCUGUUGCGAAGACAGGGUACACUGCUGUCCCCAUGGAGCCUCCUGUGACCUGGUUCAUACUCGCUGCAUCACACCCACAGGCACCUACCCCCUAGCAAAGAAGAUCCCUGCACAGAAGACCAAUAGGGCAGUGGCUUUGCUCACCUCAGUUGUGUGUCCUGAUGCACGAAGCCAGUGCCCUGAUGAUUCUACCUGCUGCCAGCUGCCCAGUGGGAAGUAUGGCUGCUGUCCAAUGCCCAAUGCCAUUUGCUGCUCUGACCACCUACACUGCUGCCCCCAGGACACUGUGUGUGACCUGGUCCAGAGUAAGUGCCUCUCCAAGGACAAUUCUACAGACCUCCUGACCAAGCUGUCUGCACACACAGCUCAGGAAGUGAAGUGUGACAUGGAGAUGAGCUGCCCAGAUGGCUACACCUGCUGCCGCCUCCAGUCAGGGGCCUGGGGUUGCUGUCCAUUUACACAGGCUGUGUGUUGUGAGGACCACAUCCACUGCUGCCCCUCAGGAUUCAAGUGUUACACAGAGAAAGGAACCUGUGAACAGGGGAGCCUCCAGGUGCCCUGGGUGAAGAAGGUCCCAGCUCACCUUAGCCUGCCAGACCCACAAGACUUGAAGAAUGAUGUCCCCUGUGAUGACUUCACCAGCUGUCCCCCUAAUAAUACCUGUUGCCGACUUGUUUCUGGGGAUUGGGGCUGCUGUCCUGUCCCAGAGGCUGUCUGCUGCUCAGACCACCAGCACUGCUGUCCCCAUGGCUACACAUGUGUGGAUGAGGGGCAGUGUCAAAAGGAGAACAAGAUAGUGGCUGGAGUGGAGAAGAUGCCUGCCCACCAGGCUUCUGUGAACUACACUAGAGACAUUGGCUGUGACCAGCACACCAGUUGCCCGGUGGGACAGACCUGUUGCCCAAGCCUGAGUGGAGGCUGGGCCUGCUGCCAGUUGCCCCAUGCCGUGUGCUGUGAGGAUCGCCAACACUGCUGCCCAGCUGGGUACGCGUGCAACGUGAAGGCCCGAUCCUGUGAGAAGGAGGUGAACUCUGCCCAUCCUGCUGCCCACCUGGCCCUCAGCCCCAGUGAGGGUAUGGGGGAUGUGGCGUGUGGGGCAGGGCACUUCUGCCAUGAUAACCAGACCUGCUGCCGAAAUAGCCAAGGGGACUGGGCUUGCUGUCCCUACCGCCAGGGUGUCUGCUGUGCAGAUGGGCGUCACUGCUGUCCCACUGGCUUCCACUGUGGGGCCAAAGGAACCAAGUGUUUGCGCAAGAAGACCCCACGCUGGGACUCCCCCUUGGGGGGCCCAGCCCCAAGACAGCUGCUGUGAGGAGGAGCUGGGGACUGAAGGCCUCCUACAGCCCUCAGGACACUGCUCAGAGGGUGUUCACCACUCAGGCCUCCCCAUUCUAAGUCACCUCAUCACCACAGGAGGUGGGGCCUCAAUUUAAGGCCUUUCUUAUCCAAAGGGGGCUGUGGCAAAAGCCACACUACAAACUGCCAUCCCUCUCCCAGUUUCUGUGGACCCUGUGGCCAGGUGCUUUCCCCUAUCCACAGGUGUGUGUGGGUGCUUGUGUGUGUGGGUGUGCUCCAAUAAAGUUUGUACACUUUCU